AUGGGUGCGAUAGAGGAGGCGACACUGGACGGCGUUGAUGUGGAGUCGUCGGGCGAGCUAGUCGGUGCACGCAGGGGAGAAACUGGAGCAGGUCAAAUCCUAAUGGACAUCCUCAAUAGAUACUACUUUACUAUUGUCCAAAUGAUCAAUUUGAACAAGUCUGCAAUUACUUUUUAUCAUCAACAAGAGCUUGCUCUGUACCUCAGAAUCCCAAAGGCACACAAAGCAAGGAAGCAUUUGGGACUACCUCUAGAGUGCGGAGGAUCUAAGAAAUAA